AUGGAUUGGAGCCAUGCGAGCCAGUCUCUGCUCCAGUCACGGUCCCAGGCACCUUUUCCAUCAUCCUUGCCCCUGUGGCUGCCAGCUCCAAGCCCCCAAGGGAAUAUCACCACCCCACCUAGUGGCUUGGAGCCAGCUUCUCCCCUAAUUCCCCCAGCUUACGGAGCCGCAGGGAGCAAAGGCGUCAAGAACCACCCGUGGCGGGAGCAGGGCGUCUUCGUCUCCGCCCUCUUCUCCCUUGGUCGCAGGGAGCCGCUUUACAUCCUAGUGGGGCAGCGGGGAGAGGAUGCCUGUCCCCGAGUAAGCGGGGCCCGUGGGAAAGGGGGAAGCCGGCAGAGCCAGCGCGUCUGUCUCGGAGAGACUCGGACCGCUGAGGAGCACGCGGCGACGGAGGGGGCCGAAGGGGUCCCGGGGUCGCGGCGCCGGGCGGGAGGCGGGGGCGCCACCUACAUCUUUCGGCUGCGCGUCGGCGAGCUGGAGCCACUGCUGGUGGCGGCCGGAGGAGGCGGGCGGGCCUACCUGAGCGCCAGGACCGAGGCUGCCCCUGAGAAACUGGAGAGCCGCUCGGCGACGCCCGGAAGCAGCGGGAGAAGCGGGGCCGUGGGGAGAGGCGGGGGCGGCUGGACGUCGGGCCGGGCCCCCUCUCCGCAGGCCGGCCGUCCACUGCUGGAGGGGGCGGGGGGCGGCCAGGGCUGCGCAGAGGCCUGGGCUACACUUGGCCGGAGGCUUGGGGGCGGCGGCGGGGCCUGUACUGCGGGUGGAGGCGGCGGCGGCGGCUACCCGGGCAGUUUCCAGGCCUCGGAGACUGACAUCCUCUGGGUUGAUGGAGAAGAUGAGGUAUCCUUCAUACACCCCUGCAGCGAAGGCUUUCUGCAGCCUCUGGCAGUCAUGGAGAGUCACAGAGAGGUAGAGAUCUGACUGCUCCUCAACUGUAGUCAUGGCCAUUGCCAGUGGCAGGCAGAGCUCUGGUUAGCCAAAUGCAUGUGCCCAGGGGGCAUGGAGCUAGCUGCAGGUAACAUUACAUGCAUGGUACAGGUAAACCUGCCCACCUCACCAGGCCCUCUGGUUCUGUUGGUGACUGUUGUGACCUCUACAUUGAGCCUCCUUAUGGUGUGUGGGGUUCUUAGUCGGGUGAACCAUAAGAAGUGGUAGGGCCUGUGGUAGAUGAGGCUGCACGACCCUGAGCUCAAGCUGAGCUACCUUCAAACCUCCACCACCAGGACACCUCAACCUUACUACUGCCAGGUGGGGUUUGGCCCCGCCCAGCACUGGCCUCUGCCCCCAGGACUUACAGAGGUUUCCCCAGCCAAUGUCACUCUGCUCAGAGCACUGGGCCAUGGUGCCUUGGGAGAAGUCUAUGAAGGACUGGUAAUUGGCCUUCCUGGGGACCCCAAUCCCCUGCAGGUGGCUGUCAAGACCCUGCCAGAACUCUGCUGUAGUCAGGAUGAGCUGGAUUUCUCACCGCAUCAGUGACUGGGGUAUGUGCACCUCCCACACAGCACAUUCAGCCAUCAGAACAUUGUGCGCUGCGUGGGGCUCAGACUCUGGACUGCCCCUCGCCUAAUUCUGCUGGAGUUGAGGUCUGGAGGGGACAUGAACAGUUUCCUGAGGAACAACCGGCCACACUUGGGCCAGCCAUCACCUCUGGCCAUGUGGGACCUGCUCCAGCUGGCUCAGGACAUAACCCAGGGCUGCCACUACCUGAAGGAAAAUUUUUUUUCCUGCAGGGACAUUGCUGCCAGGAACUGCCUGCUGGGCUGCACUGGACUCAGCCCAGUGGUUGGUACUGGGGACUUCAGGAUGGCAAAAUAUGAUAUUACAGGUGUGGGGUCUGGGGACGCGGGGAAGGCUCUGCUGCCAGUCAAGUAGAUGCCUGAAGAGGCCUUUCUGGAGGGCUUCAUUUUCAUAUCCAAGACAGACUCCUGGUCUUUCGGGGUCCUGUUCUGGGAAAUCUUCUUAUUAGGCUACAUGCCCUACCCUGGGUGCACCAACCAGGACAUACUGUACUUUGUCACUGGAGGGGGACAGAUGGGCCCUCCCAGGGGCUGCCCAGGCCUGUACUGUACCAUGACACGGUGUUGGCGGCACCAACCUCAGCUGUGCCCCUGUUUUGCCAGCAUCUUGGAGCAUCUUCAGUACUGCAUUCAGGACCCGGAUGUGCUGAAUUUAUUCCUGCCAAUGGAGCUACUGCCCACUCUGGAUGAGGAAAAGGCUUCUGGGCUGGGGAGCAGGUCUUUGGAGGGCCUAAGAUCCCCAUGGGCCCAGGAACUGAAUCUGGAGAGCUUAAAGAGCUGGAUAGGGAGCCUCCUUGGCCCCUGACUGCCCUCUAGUCCCAAGACCAAAUCCAGGGACCUCCAACCUCGGAAACUUUGGAAUCCCCCCUAUGACUCUUGGGCCCCAAGGGGCCCUGAAGGUGAGGACUCAGGCAGUGCAAUGGUUCCUCCCUGCACUCUUCCUCAGGCUUCUAGGUAGCUUGUUAUUCCCGUAG